AUGUCCAACAUACAAAACAUCAGUAUACCCUCGCUUCCGGUUCCGGGAGAGGAGUCCGACAGCCACAACAUUCCGUCCCAGAUCUCUCUUCAGCCUCCAAAACCGUCCGUUUCGACCACCGAACAGUACUUUAAUGCCGCCUCCGAAUAUAUGUCUGAACACCCUGUGAUAACUGGUGUUGGUGCGUUUGCUGCCGCUUACGUUGCCGCGGGAAUGUACAAGAAGUUCAGCUCUGCGGGAGCGUCCAAAUUCUACAAAGGAGGCUUUGAUCCGAAAAUGAACGCCAAGGAGGCUCUGAGGAUACUGGAUCUCAAGGAAAGCACGCUGACGAAGGCCAAACUGAAGGAAAACCACAGAAGAAUUAUGUUACUGAACCACCCGGAUAAAGGAGGGUCGCCAUUCCUGGCCACCAAGAUCAACGAGGCGAAGGACUUCCUCGAGAAGAGAGGCAUCAACAAAUAA